AUGUACGCCGCUCAGAAUAUAACGCCAACAGUUUUGGAUGCUAUGAAUGGAAAUGUUUCCGAAUGGUAUAACGAAUGCGACAAUGCCAUUAGAAGGUCAGAAAUAGUUCCUGGAACUUACGAAUAUACAACUGCUGUUUCUUAUGGAAAUGUAGGUGAGUUUGGAGAAGGUUCUUCAACAACAGUAGAUAUUGCUUGCGACAGGUUUCAUAUAAUUUCUAUUGACAACUCAUUCUUAUACGUGGAACAAGACAUUGAAAUAAAACCUUCUGCCAAGUUGUCUGACAAGAAAGGUUGCAAUGGAAUUUUCUAUGUCGGAUACCAAUAUGCUCCAGAAGUUUUCAUGGGAUAUAAGAUAUAUUCUAACUCUGACUUAGUUCAAACAGUAACAUGGGCAAACUAUGAAUGGUUCGCUUUGAGAAACUCAGUACAACCACAAGCUAGAGAACAAACAGACCAGUAUGCAACUAUUGAGAAAAUAAGAAGACUUGACCCUAACGUUCCAGGAGUUUAUGUUAACCUUUCUGGUUCAGAUGGAAAUGCUGUCACUAAAGUAAAACUGAAACUUAGAGUUCCUUUGUCAUCUUUCCUCAUCUUCAGGUUUUUAAGAUACUUGCCAAACUGGGCAGGAAAAAUUUCUAUCGAACUUACUCCAAGCAAAAAUAACUUAGUCAUUGCACCAACACAAGACCCAUUCAGCAUUGCUGUAGCUGGAACUGGUGGAGCCAAGUUCUGUGA